AAAAGGAGAUAAAAGAGGAAAAGCCGGUUGUCUUGAGGAGUCCAACGUUUCCAAGCACUUCUUAGACAAUACGGAAGGAAAAUCUCAGUAAUCAAGUGGGACGUACUACCAGGGAACAUACCUUGAGCCCUGGAAUUCUGCUUGGACUCAGUAGCGUAUUAGCACAGAAUGAUUUUCAUUAAAAUGUAAUCUAGAUUCAAAUGAAUUCUUUUUCAGCAACAAUUCAAACAUUCAAAAGCUUUUCAACUCUUGACUAAUAGCUGUGAAAAACAGUGCUCGUUAUUAAUUAAAAUGCAAAACCACCCAAAACUACUACUUCUUCGAAGACCUUUACCUCCCAAACUCCCUAAGCUGCCUUUGCGUAAGAAGGAAGUCCAGACAGCCAAGACUGGUAAAAUUCUACAUGUAAAGUUUGCUCAAGAUGAAUCCACUCUAAUUCAAAGAGAUAAAACGAGUUUUCCUGAUGUUGUUUCAAGAAAUCAAUCACAAACCAUUGUCACUAUCCAAAAUAUCUCUCUUGAUCAACAUGUACAAGAAAGAGUGACUACUAUUUCAACAUCUCCAAAAUCAUUUAAGACUGUGUGUUGGAAAAUUCCAGAGACUGCUACUGGUUGCAUAUUUUUUCCAAGUUGUCUUUCAGCUUCCAGUCGAAUUUUUGGGAAAGAAACAAACCAAAUGAAAAGAUUAAGAAAAUCAAAAGAGGCAUCAAAAAUAAAAAAUAUUUCUGUUGAGAACAUGCUAAAAGACAUUCUGGUUCUUUCCUCACGGUUCUCCAAAUCUUCAAGUGUUCCUUCCCCAGUUAUCACCCCCAAACUCAAGGAAGUUCUUCACUCUGAGUAUCUACUUUUACCAAAGAGCAGGACCUAUACUUUUAAGCACACUCUGAUAGAUUUAAAUGCAAAAAGACCAAGACCUCUUCCAAGAACUACGCCUGUUCAAGAAAAACCACAGCAGUUUCACCAUUUACAACAAAAUAUUAAUCAUUUUCCUGAUAUUUUUAUGCCAGCACCCAUUUUACCAAGAAAACCUCAAAGACAGUCUGUGAUAGAAACUCGUGUAAUAGAAAAUGAAAAUUUAGAAAGUGUUCCAAAGCGAAGCAUACCAAUACUACAGGAAGGUCUCAUUAAACCUAGAAAAAGAGAUGAAUCAGAAGCAAAUGUUAUACGUGGUGACGGUUUUAAGACUGUUGCAGCAACACGAUAUGAAACAGUAAUAGCCAUGACCAACCUGGCCAUAGUAAACUGUCAAGUAUAUGGAAGAAAUGCGCUUAAUCUUAUGGGCUUUUUUAUCCUGAAUUGUCCAGACUUAACACCUUUGGCUUUCCAAUUGAUAUAUCUUAACUUAUCAUUUAAUGAUAUCCGUUCCUUUCCCACAGAAGUAUUUUGUCUCAAAUAUUUACAAAUACUAAUCCUGAGAAAUAAUCCUAUCAAAGAAAUCUCUUCUGAAAUUCAACAACUUAAGCUCCUUAGAGUUUUCAACAUUGCCUUUAAUUUGAUUACGACUCUUCCAUCUGGGUUAUUUUCUUUGACCAACCUUGAGGAACUUGACAUUUCCUACAAUAGUAUUGCUUUUAUUCCAAAUGAAAUCCAGAAACUCAGAUCACUUAAAAAACUGAUUGUUGAUGGGAAUGAGAUGACUUCUUUUCCAUCUGGAAUUUUGAAGCUUAACCUGAAAAAACUUUUAUUUGCGAAUACCUUCACUCAUCCUAGUUUUUGGAAAGAGAAUUCUUUGAAUAGUCCACAGCGUCUUACUCAACUUACUUCUUUGAUUUUUUUAAAGAAUAAUCUACAUAAAUAUUAUGAUGUGAUCCCAGGAGAAAUUCAAACGUUGCUAAACUGCACAACCACAUGUGAAUGGUGUAAUGGUCCCAAGUUUGGUGAAGGUUAUCGCAUCAUCCAAUCCUGCAAUGUUUUUGGAACUACACAGCUUCCUGUUAUGUUUCAUGUCUGUUCUUCUCUCUGCUAUCGAAAAGUAAAAGAAAAUAGUUGUGUUUUAGAUAGUAUUGCUGGUUAA